CAUGUGUUUGGAAAUAGAAAUCAAAACAUAAAGAUUUUGUUUCGGUUCAAUUUUGCAUUUUGCUUUUUUAAUUGUUUGUUAAUCAAUCGAAUCAAAGAAUUAAAAUGAAAUUAUUAACUCAUAACAUGUUAACCUCUCGAUGUUUGAAAGGAGUAACUAAUGGUUAUCCAUUGAAAAUUGUGGCAAAUGAAUUUAAAACGGAAAAUGUUGAUUAUAAUGGUGAAUUUAUUACCCGAGUUAUUCCUAAGGUUGAUUGGAAGGUUCUAAGUACUACUGCUUCGGAAUUUGGUGUAACCCUACCAGAAGAUGUUCCGGUUGACAUUGAAAAGAAUGAGGAUUUACUGAGGAAAGUUCAUCAUGCUCUUCUCGAGAUUGAGAUCACCCAAGGAGAUUUAGUCUGCCCUGAGACUGGAAGGAAAUUUCCAAUCAAACAGGGUAUUCCGAAUAUGCUUGUCAAUGAAGAUGAAGUUAAAUAGAUCAACAACAAUAUCUCUCUCUCUCUAAUAAAUUACACCGAUAAUCAUUUAAAUCUCUGUGCCAUCUAACAAGACCAUCUUCUCAUUUACAUCUAUGGAUUAAUAAGGAAAAUCGUAACUAAGAUUGUCAAUGUUUUAAGUGUUUACAUUUGCCAAACAAUUGAUUAUCUUUCAUCAUAAAUUACCUUUGGUUUAUUCAGAACCAACAAUUAACCAGCAAGAAAACAAAACAAAGUCAUUUGAAAGCUAAAAUUGAUCAACGUAAAUUGUUGAUGAUUUCAAACAUUUCUAAUUCAAUUGUGUUACAUUUUCAUCUUGUUUUCAACAAUUGAAUUAACCACAUGGUACAUUCUAAUAUUAUAUUUAUAUUGUCUAAUUAACUGUCAUCCAAUUAUUGUGUUAAAUUCAAUAGUUGAGGUUUCAAUAUUAUUGAUGGUUAAUUGUUAACACUGUUUACAACUGAUAAUAAACUCAAAUUUAAUUUCAAUCAA